UUCCCCAUAUUUAUUCAGCUGUUAAGAAGAUAGCCAACGCGGACAUUACAAAACAGACAAACCACAUCCAUCAAACGUACAUAGAACACAUCAUUUAACAUGUCGGACGCAGAUAUUAUUGGUUCUCCCAUUGAUCGUUCCAAGCGUCCUCGCCGCGAAGAGGAGGAUUGGGAUUCGGAUUAUGAAGAUGCACAAGACGAUCGUCAUCCUAAACGACAAGCGGUGCCGGAUCCGGAAACCAAAGCACCUCAUUUCAUUGGUGCCACCAUCGAUGGUUCGGAUGAAGAUAACCGAAAUGCACGAUAUAAACGCGGCGAUGGUACAGCCGGUUUGCAGGAUUCAGAUGUCGAAGACGAAUUACAGAUUGUGCUAGACGACGAGUCUCAACCGUCUAAAGCAGCUUCCGCUACCGUUACAGUGGCAGCUCCUGCCGAAUUGGUGGACGAUAAUGCCAACAAAAUUGCCAUUCGCUCACUUGUGAGCACCAAGGACGCGGGAAUCAUCAUUGGACGAGGAGGAAAAAAUGUCGGUGACAUCCGUGAACGAUCCACAGCUAAGGUCACUAUUUCCGAUAUCGUCCAAGGUGCCGUAGAACGUAUACUGACCGUCACUGGUCGUCCCGAUGCUAUUGCCAAGGCAUAUGCUUUGGUGGGUCAAAAGAUCUUGUCAGAGACACCACUUAAUGAGGCGGGAGACUCCGAACCCGAAAAGGUGACCAUUCGGUUGAUCAUUCCUGACAGCCGUAUGGGAACCCUCAUUGGACGAGGGGGAAGCAUGAUCAGAGCCAUCAAAGAACAAAGCGGUGUCAAUGCUAAAGCUUCCGAAGAGGCAUUACCGAUUUCCACUGAGCGACUUAUCUAUUUAACCGGUUCCCCUGAAGGUAUUCAAGUAGCUGUGAAGAAGAUUAGCGAAGUAUUGCUGGAACACAACGAUACUCGUUUACCCCCACACCAUGUUCCUUACGCUCCGCAGUCUCAAGCCAUGCCGACACGAGGAUUUCAUCCCAUGGGACGUGCUGCCGCGUCCGCCAUGGGUUAUGGUAUGAUGGGAAUGGGCGCCAUGCCGAUGAAUGGGGCCGCGGCACAGUUCUACUACCCCCAACAAGGUGCAGCAGGUUACGGUGGCAUGCCAGUCAAUCCUCGACAAGCUGGUUACGGUAUGGGCGGCAUGAGCGGCGUGGUCGGUAGUCAUGCCCAACAAAUUUUUAUCCCCAACGAAAUGGUUGGUUGUAUUAUUGGCAAACGAGGUAGCAAGAUCAACGAAAUUCGACAAAUGAGCGGCAGUCAUAUCAAAAUCGCCGAUCCUCAGGGCGACAACAACGAGCGUCUUGUCACCAUUACAGGCACACCUGAAAGCAACCAAAUGGCAUUGUACAUGCUGUACGCUCGACUCGAAAGCGAGAAGAGCCGAGUUAACAUGCGUUAGAUGUCUCUCUUUGUAUUCUCCUGUAGGUGAUUGCUCUCUUGUAUUUUUCAUGGAUCAGCACUC